UUCGUCUAGUCCGCCUCAGGUUGUGGUAGUGCUUGACAUUGUGAUCAAUGAACUGAUUCCCACAUUAAGGAAGUAUUAUUAUAAAACGCUGCAUUUGCCAGUUGCUUCAACUUUUAACUGAUUUGCGAGCCUCCCCAGCCCGAUUUGUGUGGAGCAUUGCGAGUGCGUUGUCUUGAGCCUUUUAGACUUGCUGGCUAAAUGGCAAAAAGCAUAUCAUUUGAAGAAUGGCAUUACAUUGGGGUUGAUGUGGGCACCUCCAGUGUGCGUGCAGCCUUGGUCACCUGGGACGGCCGCGUGAAGACCACUGCAGAGGAGCCCAUUCAGAUAUGGGAGCCACACCCAGACCAUUACGUCCAGUCCUCCUCGGACAUCUGGAACAAGUGUUGCAUCUGUGUGCGGAAGGUGACUCAGGACAUCAAGAGUGAUCAAGUUCGGGGCAUUGGUUUUGAUGCCACGUGCUCCCUGGUUGUUCUGGAUCAAAGCUUUCAGCCAGUAGCUGUCAAUGAAGAUGGAGUCAGUGAGAGGAACGUGGUGAUGUGGAUGGACCACAGGGCCACAGAACAGGCUGCUCGCAUCACAGCACUGGGCCACAGGGUCUUGCAGAGGGUCGGAGGGGUCAUGUCUCCAGAGAUGCAGCCGCCAAAGUUAUUGUGGCUCAAAGAGAACCUCUGGGAGAGCUGUUGGAAAAAGGCAGCACACUUUUUGGACCUACCUGACUUCCUGUCCUGGAAAGCCACUGGUUCCUUAGCCAGGUCUUUAUGCACUGUAGUGUGUAAGUGGACGUACUGUCCCCCACAGGGCUGGGACGACACCUUCUGGACUGCCAUUGGCCUGGAAGACCUAGUGGAGAACAGACAUUCCAAAAUAGGUGAGCAGACCUGUUGUCCAGGCAACCCUGUGGGGGAGGGGCUUACGCAGGAGGCGGCAGAGGAGCUGGGUCUGAACAAGGGCACUGCAGUAGGGGCAUCUCUAAUUGAUGCCCACGCUGGAGGACUAGGCGUGAUUGGUGCAGAUGUGAAAGGGUUCAACCUACCUUGUGAAAAUCAGCCAAUCACAUCCCGCAUGGCAAUAAUAUGUGGGACAUCUUCAUGUCACAUGGCUGUAAACCAGCAGCCUCUGUUUGUGCCAGGUGUCUGGGGGCCCUACCUUUCUGCUAUGGUGCCUGGUCUGUGGCUUAAUGAGGGAGGACAGAGUGCGACAGGACGGCUGAUUGACCAUGUGGUGAAAGGGCAUGCGGCAUUCCCCCAGUUAAAGGAGCUCUCAGAGAAAGGAGGGGAGAAUAUCUACACUGUCUUGAACCGACACCUACACUCGAUGGCCAAAGACCUGAUGCAGCUGGACCAGCUGACCACCAACCUGCACGUGUGGCCAGAUUUCCACGGCAAUCGUUCACCACUGGCUGACCAGACCCUGAAGGGCAUGAUUGUAGGGUUAACUUUAUCCCAAACCCUGAAUAACCUGGCACUGCUGUACCUGGCUACAAUGCAGGCUCUUGCUCUCGGUACCAGACACAUUCUGGAUGGCAUGAGGAAGACAGGACAUGACAUCAGCACUCUCUUCCUGUGUGGGGGGCUCAGUAAGAACUCUGUGUUUGUGCAGAUUCAUGCCAAUGUAACAGGACUGCCAGUGGUCCUUCCAGCUGAGAGAGAGGCUGUUCUGGUGGGAGCUGCCAUUCUGGGUGCCCGUGCGUCUCUGGAUUACAGCUCCAUACAGGAGGCAAUGGAGAAAAUGACCAAAAUAGGAAAGGUUGUACAGCCCAACCUUGAUCAAGAGAGCUUUUACAGGAGAAAGUAUGAAGUGUUCCUUCAUCUGUUUGGCCACCAGAGGGAGUAUGUGGCCCUGAUGCGAGAUUGACGGCUUCACACGCAACAUUUCUCAAGAAGACCACUUAUAAUUACCUGCAACUGAUCCUUUUGUAGGCAAUGUGAUGAAUCCUUAACAAUUUUGAUUCCUUAAAAAACUGCAAAAUUAGUAUCUUGAAAAUUUCUUUUUUGAGAAAAAAUUAUUAUGAAGUAUAGUCACAGCAGUGUUAAUGAACAGACUUGAUUUGAGAGACUAUAAUACAAAUAAAUGAAUGAGUCAUAUAAAUGUAUGAACGAACAAACAAAUGAAGGAAUAUUUUGCCUUUCCUUCCUCUUUUCAUCUCUUCCUCACAGUCACACGCCCCUCUUUCUCUUUCAUCUGUCCUUUCCGUUUUGUUCCAUAUUCUAAUUGUAGUUGACUAUGGGGCAGCAGGACGGAUCAAGUGAGAGCAGUGAACUAUAAUGUCAUGUUUCAUUUGUUUGGGUGACAGGAAAGCAGAAGCCCUCACAGCUGGACAAACAGGAGUUCUCCUAGCACUCACUAACCACAUUAAAAUUCUCAUGGUAAACAAGCACCAAUGACAGAACAGCACAGCCAGAUUUAACCCCUGCUACUUCCACCAGGAUCUCUCACAUACAUCUCACUUCUGUGGAGAUGAAAGUUAUGUUAGAGACUCUGGAUCAUGUUCAACAAUGUUUUAAAGAAUGUGAAUGAUUUCAUUACAAUACAUGAUACCUGUUUGUGUUAGUAAUUUUACGGUAAGAUUAUGUUUAUUGCUCUAACUACUAUUUCCACAGUGUUUAGAGAAAAGAGAGAGAGUAACCCUUUUUUUUUCAGUUGUCAGGGAUGUGCAGCAAAUUGAAGAUAUUAAAUACACAAGGGAACUUGACACAUUAAACUGUAUUU